AUGAAACUUUUGCUUCUUCUCACCGUCUUCGGCUCAACACAAGCUUUCUUGUGGAGUCUUCUCGGUUUGGGUGGCGGUGGAGGUGGAGGUGGAGGAUGUGCUCCCGCUACGUCUUCAUGUUGUACCCCACAAGCAGCCCCAGCCUGUUCCCCACCAGCCUCAAGUAAUUGUGGAUGUGGUGGAGGAGGGGGUGGUGGUGGAUAUGCUCAAGCCGCUCCUGCUCCUGCUAUGAGCCAAUCAUUUGCUCCAACUUUUGGUGGAGCUUCAUCUUUUGGUGGAAAUUAUGGCGCUCCACCUCCUCCACCUAUGCCUGCUCCACUUGGCGGUGGAUCAAUCGGUGGUGCUCCUCCAAUCGCUCCCCCAGUUGGUGGUGCCCCUCCCUUAGGUCCUUUGGGCGGUGCGCCAGCUGGUGGAUAUUCACAAGGCGCCCCUCCACCCCUACCUCCGCCACCCCCACCACCACCAUCCGCUCCUCAACAGGACAUCCCUCCGCAACAACCACAACCCCAAGCCCUCAUCUCUGCUCCAAUCGAAGCGCAACGCACGCCAGAGGGUGCCCCCAUUGAACCGGCUCAAUCACUUGUACAGCUUCCUCAACCCGGCGAGGCCCCUCCUCCACCUCCUGCUCCUCAAUCUCCACCCACAUCUCCCAUUGUUGCCGUCCCGGUUGUCCCGUCUGGUUAUGAAACUCCCCCACUCGGUGCACCACCAGCUCCCAUUGUUGGACCAUCUCCAAGUUUUGGAGUUCCUCCUCCACCCGGUCCAGCUCCAUUCCAAGCUCCAUUCCAAGCUCCAUUCCAAGCUCCAUUCCCCGGUCCAGCCCCAGUUCAAGCUCCAUUCCCCGCUUCAGCUCCCGCACUUGCCCCCGUUUUCUCAUCCGCUCCCCAAGUAGCUCCGUCAGCGGCUUCAUUCCCCUCACCUGCUCCAGCUCCUAAUUAUGGUGCUCCUCAACCAGCCCCCGCUUCUGCCCCAAUCCCAUUCCCCGUAUCGGCACCAGCUCCUAGCUAUGGAGCUCCUCAGCCAGCCCCUGCUCCAGCACCGAUUCCAUUCUCAGCCCCAGCUCCAGCCCCUAGUUACGGUGCCCCUCAGCCAGCUCCCGCAUCUGCCCCAUUCCCAGCUCCCGCUCCGGCUCCUAGUUAUGGUGCCCCUCAAACAGCACCAGCUCCUGCUCAGACUUUCCCGGCACCAGAGGCAGCACCAGCUCCAAGCUAUGGAGCACCCCAACCUGCUCCUGCCCCUAUCACUGCUCCAGCUGGUUACGAUGCUUCACAAGCCGCUCCCGCUCCCGCAGCAGCACCAGCUACCUCAACGGGUUACGACUCUACCCAGCCAGCUGCUUCGGAACCAGCCACAGAAUCGGCGGAUUAUGAUGCGGGCAAACUAGCUCUCGAGCCUUCUCCACCUUCAACACCAGAAGCCGCGCCAGCUUACGGCGAUUUGGCCUCAACCUCGGCUGCCCCAGACACAUUUGAAUCCGAAUACGUCGAGGAGGGAGAAGAAACGACCGAGGCUCCCGGUGGCGGUACGGAAUAUGUCGAAGAGACCAGCGAUGCUCCGGCUACUGAGAAUGGUCAGGAAUAUGAUGAAGGAGCCGAGUAUGUUGAAGAAGAAACAGCAGCGCCGGGUGGAGCUGAAUAUGAAGAUGAAACGAAUACAGCAGAAGAGUCAAAAGAUGGUUAUGGAGGAGCUACAGCUACCGAAAGCCCGAGCUCCGAUACAGAAGUUCAAUACGAGGAGGUCACCGAUGCUCCAUCGAGUUCCUACAAGGCCAAAAAACGAGCCGCUAAAGUGGGACGACAU